GAUUGUUGUUUGGAUAUAUGAUACACAUGGAGCUUCAGUUGGGUCUCGCUCUUCCAAGCACUGCUGUCAAGGGUUUCGACCUUAAUGCUUAUGUUUACGAGCCUAGGGAGAAUAUGGGCUCUCACCCAUCAUUCCAUAGCUUUGGUUUUACUAAUGAUAUUUGCAGCAACUACAAGAAACGCAGCUUUGAUGAGGCUUUUGAAAAGGACAAAACGGUGCCACGAACACUGCCUCUAUUGCACUGGAACAACGAGCCCAACGACGAAGACGACCCCAAAGACCUCGAAAACAGUUCUUCUUUUGACAGCAACAAGACGGCUGAGGAAGAUGGUGUAGUGGGGUGGCCACCCAUUAAGACCUGGAGAAAGAAAAUAUGGCACCAAGAUCAGGGACGCCAAGCCAAGCCCAAGAACAAUCAGGCUUUGAAAAAUAUUGGCUUUGGCAGUCGCAGUGCACAAUCGAAGUCUAACUCCAUGUAUGUGAAGGUGAAGAUGGAGGGAAUGGCUAUAGCUAGGAAAAUUGACCUAAGCCUGCACGAUUCUUUUGAAACGCUCACUACCACCUUGAUCAGCAUGUUCUGCGUCUGGCAUGACGAUUCCAACAAUUAUAAACUCACAUAUCAAGAUAAGGAAGGAGAUUGGCUGAUUGCUCAAGAUGUACCUUGGAGAACUUUCAUUCGCACAGUGCAACGCCUCAAGUUGUUGAAGAUCAGCGAGUGAUUGGAAAUUGAUUUGUGGAUCUUCAAACUAAAGACUGGUCAUGCAGGAGCUACGUACUUUAUUUGAAUCUUCAAUAGACCCAUCUGGGUUAUUUUGUCUGAGAUUUAAAUGACUGUAUGUAAUUUGUAGUUUAUGUAGAUCCUAAUUAUUAGCUCUUUAGUCUGUAACUUUUGGAUUAUCUUUUACCUUGAUGAAGAAAAACAUGACUUUCAUAACAGAAUUUGCUUU